AUGGCUGACAAAAGUGACUUGAAAGCUGAGCUGGAGCGCAAAAAGCAGCGCCUAGCUCAAAUCAGAGAAGAGAAGAAAAGGAAAGAGGAAGAGAAGAAGAAGAAAGAGUCAGAAACACAGCAGAAGACAGAGACUGCACCAGAGGACUCUGAUUUGGACCGUAAGCGCAGAGAGACUGAGGCUCUUCUCCAGAGUAUUGGGAUCUCCCCCGAGCCUCCAUUAGUUCCAACUCCCAUGUCCCCUUCAAAAUCCAUGAGCACCCCUAGUGAGACGGGCAGCCAAGAUUCAGUGGACGGUGCAACUGCUGGCAGGACCCUGCAGUGGGACACUGACCCCUCUGUUCUGCAGCUGCAGGCUGACUCUGAGCUCGGGCGGAGGAUGCAAAGGCUUGGGGCGUCAAAGAUAACUCAGGUGGACUUCUUGCCUAGAGAAGUGGUGUCUUACUCUAAGGAGACCCAGACACCUCUAGCUGCUCACCAGUCUGAAGAGGAAGAAGAGGAGGACGAAGAGAUCACAGAGCCCAAAGUCGGCGCAGAGUCUGAGCAACAAGACGAUGAAGACACCAAGGACAAAAAAGAGGGUCACCCCAGGGAGCUGACGGAGGAGGAGAAGCAGCAGAUCCUCCAUUCGGAGGAGUUCCUCCUCUUCUUUGACAGCAGCAUUCGGGUGAUGGAGCGAGCAAUGGCUGAAGAUUCCAACAUUUUCUUUGACUACAGUGGCAGAGACCUAGAGGAGAAAGAAGGGGACUUGCAGGGCGGGUCCAGCUUGUCCUUCAGCCGUCUGUUCUAUGAUGAGCGUUGGUCAAAGCAUCGGGUCAUCACCUGUCUAGACUGGUCCCCUCAGUACCCAGAACUGUUAGUCGCCUCGUACAACAACAAUGAAGACGCCCCUCAUGAGCCUGACGGUGUGGCCCUGGUUUGGAACAUGAAAUUCAAGAAGACCACACCUGAGUACAUUUUUCACUGCCAGUCUCCAGUAGUUUCAGUGGGCUUUGCUCGGUUUCACCCUAACUUGGUGGUAGGGGGCACCUAUUCAGGCCAGAUAGUGCUAUGGGACAACCGCAGUCAUCGGAGGACCCCAGUUCAGAGGACUCCACUCUCUGCUGCAGCACACACUCAUCCUGUGUACUGUGUGAAUGUGGUGGGCACCCAGAAUGCGAACAACCUGAUCACAGUGUCCACAGAUGGCAAGAUGUGCUCCUGGAGUCUGGACAUGUUGUCUCAGCCACAGGAAAGCAUGGAGCUGGUAUACAACAAGUCCAAACCAGUGGCUGUGACAGGCAUGGCUUUCCCCACAGGAGACGUUAAUAAUUAUGUGGUCGGGAGUGAGGAGGGAACAGUGUACACAGCUUCUAGACAUGGCAGCAAAGCUGGUAUCUGUGAAAUGUUUGAGGGCCACCAGGGGCCGGUAACAGGCAUCAGCUGUCACAGUGCCGUGGGGCCAGUCGAUUUCUCUCAUCUCUUUGUCACCUCAUCGUUUGACUGGACGGUCAAACUGUGGACCACAAAGCACAACAAGCCACUGUACUCCUUUGAAGACAAUGCUGACUAUGUGUACGACGUUAUGUGGUCACCGGUACAUCCAGCCUUGUUUGCCGCUGUGGAUGGGAUGGGCCGCCUGGAUCUGUGGAACCUGAACAAUGACACCGAGGUCCCCACUGCCAGCGUGACCAUUGAGGGAGCUCCAGCCCUGAACAGGGUCAGAUGGGCGUCAGGGGGUAAGGAGGUGGCCGUGGGUGACUCAGAGGGCCGCGUCUGGAUCUAUGAUGUUGGAGAGCUGGCGAUGCCACAUAGCGAGGACUGGGCCCGCUUCGCCCGCACUCUGGUGGAGAUCCGCGCCAACCGAGCUGACGCCGAGGAGGAGGGUAGCGUCGAGCUGGCAUCUUAG